UUCUAUUUAUUAAGACUCGUCGCUUAUUUGUUUGAAUCGCGAUCGAUACACAUCGAAGAUGUCGCGUCGUGUUAAUUAAGAUGCGCGAUUAGUGAUCAACAUUGGAUUCAUAUCGAUUAGUGUCACCGCAUGUGUGUAGUUCUUUCAGUCUACUGUCAAUUACGAUUUUUUAUCACGUCAAAAUACUCGAUACAUUGACAAAGUGACGUUUUUAUUACUACGUUUGUGUAUUAUUUCUCUUUUUUUACAGCGUUCCGAGUGACAGUGGCGAAGCUCGUGACGUCAUUGUUUGCCGCAAACUUUCCGCGUUUUUUGACAUAUUACUAGUCCUCUCGUUAUCGUUACCGGUGCGAAGUCAGCGUCGAGUGUUUCGAAAAUCGUGUAUGCAUCGUGUAUGCGAGAGUGCCGUUGUAAAAGUGACGCACGAUUUCGUUUCGCGUUAUAUCGGAUCGAGAUAAGCCAUAUAAAGUCGCGGGCGUUCGAUCGAUUGUAAUCGGCCGUGUUUUCUUGAGUGAUUCGUAUCCGAGUACGCGAGCGAGUGUUCAGAGGAGAGAGAUGACGAUGAUUGAGAGAGAAGGAAAUUGUGAUCAACUCCUGGUAAUGCACCGAGUUUCACAUAUAACUUACAUGUUAUGGGCACGGGUUCGAAGGAAUUGAAAAAACAUCUCUUCGUCGUCAAUGCCGACAGUUGGAUUUUCAUGGACGUUAAGAAUCAGUUGCCAAUCGGUAUUAUAUCUCCGGUCGAUUCUACGCCCUUCGAACUGCGUUUACCAGUUCAGUUGAAUGAGCGUCGAUUAUUCGACAUACCGGGUGGCGGUUACAAUCACAAUCUGUGCAUUAAUAGUCCCAGUUGCUGGUGUUACCGUUUUCACGCACGAAUAUUGCAUCCCACUUCCGGACGAUUUCUGGAAGUCUACUCGAGUAAUCCUGAGUUGCGAGUCUAUACAGGCAAUGAGUUGCCGGAUCCCGAAUGUGUUUAUCCUCCUGAUUUGAAGGAUAAAGAAUGGGGAGGCUGCCAGGAUACGCAAAUUAAUUCUGUAGAAUCGAUGAAGGACGUUGCGAAGAGAGAAGAGGAAAUUCGUGGUAAGGAGGGUAUUCUCUAUCGCCGCCAUGGCGGCUUUGCUUUAUCACCCCAACAUCCUAACGCUGUUAAUGUCAAAUACUUUCCAUCCUGCAUGCUGUAUCCUGGAAAGAUUUACGUGCACGACAUGACUUACAAGUUUGGGGUGCUUUCCAAGAAUUGAGAUCUUUUUCCAUCUCGAUCUUUAUCUUUCAAUAACUUUUCUUUAUAUAAAAAAAAAUACAAUUUUUGAGAAUAAUCUU